AUGGGUGGCGCCGAUACAUCUGCGGCUAUGGAUGCCGCCGCGAAGAUUCGCAAGGCAAAGCUUAGGAGCCCGUCCGGCCCAGCAGCGCUGGUGCAGAAUCGGAAGGUAUUUGGGAUUGCGAUGUUUGCGUGUCUUGGGGGUCUUCUCUAUGGUUACAAUCAGGGUGUUUUCUCUGGUGUCUCUAUUCUCGAGCUUGGUGCCUGGUUCGGCGCGCUAUACUCCGGCCUUCUGUGCGAAAGAAUCUCCCGCAAAUACACCAUCCUUCUGAACGUUGGAAUCUUUUGUCUCGGCGUCGUGGUACAGUGUACUGCGGCUGCAAACAACGGCAGUUCGUCUAAUAUCUUGGGUGGUCGAUUCAUCACCGGUAUGGGAGUGGGAAGUCUCUCGAUGAGUGUCCCUAUGUAUAAUGCAGAGGUAAGCCGUCACCUCCCUGCAUCUACAGGCGCACCGCUGAACUUGGAUAGAUCGCUCCGCCAGAAGUACGAGGUUCGUUGGUUGCGCUGCAACAACUUGCCAUCACUUUUGGUAUCAUGGAUCAACUACGGAACAAACCAUAUCGGAGGGACCGGUCCAACUCAGAAGGACGCCGCGUGGCUGCUGCCCCUUGCCCUGCAGCUCGUUCCCGCCGUGAUUCUAGGUGUCGGAAUGAUCUUCAUGCCUUUCUCCCCCCGUUGGCUGAUCCACCACGAUCGCGAAGACGAAGCGAAGAGGGUCCUGAUGAGUCUACGCGGUCUCCCCGAGGACGACCCCAUUCUCCAGCUGGAAUUCCUCGAGAUCAAAGCGCAGAGUCUCUUCGAGAAGCGCACCGAGCAGGAAAAGUUCCCCCAUCUCCAUCGGACCAACACCUGGAGCUACGUCAAGCUGGAGGCCGUUGGCUUCGCCAGCUUGUUCACGACCUGGCCAAUGUUCCGGCGUGUCAUGGUCGCGACUGUCACCAUGUUCUUCCAGCAGUUCACCGGAAUCAACGCUGUCCUAUACUACGCGCCGUCCAUUUUCCAACAACUCGGAAUGAGCAGCAACACGACCUCGCUCCUUGCGACCGGAGUUGUCGGCAUAGCCAUGUUCAUCGCGACGAUCCCAGCGGUCAUCUGGGUCGACAAUUUGGGCCGCAAGCCUGUUCUUGUCGCCGGGGCUAUCGGCAUGGCCGCAUGUCAUUUCAUCAUCGCGGGAAUUUUUGGAGCGAAUGAGAACCAGUGGGAUUCGCAUCAGGCGGCUGGCUGGGGUGCUGUUUCUAUGGUGUGGUUGUUUGUAGUCCACUUCGGAUAUUCAUGGGGUCCCUGUGCUUGGAUUAUCAUUGCAGAGAUCUGGCCUUUGAGUGUUCGUGCGAAGGGGACUGCCCUUGGGGCGUCGGCUAAUUGGAUGUGCAAUUUCAUCAUUGGCCAGGUUACCCCCGAUAUGCUAAAACACAUCCGAUAUGGCACCUACAUCUUCUUCGGUCUCCUGACCACCCUCGGUGCACUGUUCAUUGCACUCCUGGUCCCUGAGACGAAGCAGUUGUCACUGGAGGAGAUGGAUGCCAUUUUUGGAUCUGAAGGAACGGCGGUGUCUGAUUUUGAACGGCAGGCUGAAAUUUCUCGGGAGAUUGGUCUGGAUGAUGCUCUGGCGCGUCUCACAGAGAGUCCGUUGUCUACAGAAGCCCGUGCUGAGGUAGACGAAGAGAAGUAG